AAGAAGUGACAGGUAGGGAAAAGGACUUCCUUUGUCGCGGAACAAAGGGCUGGUGGCGGGAACCUCUUUGAUCUGAAAUUAGCGCUACUCAGUGCGGAAAUUCGUCCAUUUCAGCUCUAAUCAAUCUUGAUUGUUUUGUGAUGAAAGUAUGUACAUGAGAUGAACGUGUUUUGUGCGCGCUUUAAAUGAAUGAGAUUGCUGUGCAGAAAUUGUUAUUGACAGGAUAUCAGUGACUGGGAACUGCUGACAACGAUUGUUGUUCUCUAAAUUUGCAAGUCUUGGCUGUCAUCUGUUUUCAAAUUUGAAGGUUGUAUAGGUGAGUGAUCAUUCCCAAGCCAGCUAAGAUAGCAAUUUGCAUCACGAUUAUGAGAGCAUAAAACAGGUAGCAAUGUCAGCAGUUUCAGUGUUGUGGACAGUUUUGUCCCUAGUUCUACUGUUCACUUGUACUUUGGCAUUAUUUUCCCCAUUUUGGCAUGAACACCUUCCUGAUCCUUUGUCAACAAACAACAGUGAGUCCUUUAUAGCAUUUGGUCUUCUACGCUUCUGCUUCCAGGAGCAAUUUGUGACUUUACAAGAGAUAGAUGCUUGGAGAUCGUCCAAAUAUUGUUCAUUUUAUGAGGAUAUUUUCUCUGGAAUCCCUUCUAUUUACUGGAAGGGUGCCAUUAGUACUUAUGCAUUUGCACUGGUUCUGUUAUUGGGUGCACUAUUCCUUGCACAUGUAGCAUGCUGCCAGAAAUAUGUUUGUGGAAAAUCUGUCUUUGCCAUUGCUGGAGUUAUGCAGAGCAUUGCAGUGGCUCUUUUGGUAGUCAGUCUUCUGGUGUACCCUUUUGGUUUAAAAUCCACCUAUGUUCAGAAGCACUGUGGGACUUCGAGUGAGUUUUUUACAUCCGGGACUUGUGACAUUGCCUGGGGUUAUGUGUUAGCUAUUAUAAGCACAGCACUGCUUUUUUUCUGUCCAAUGAUUGCAUACCAUCUGUCAGUUGUAAGACCAAAGUCAAAGGCAACAGUGGUGUAAGCAGUUUCACAGUGGUCUUCUAUCAAGUUGAUGAAGAACUUUCAUGGAAAAAAAGACAAGACAUAUGAGUUGCAAGACCAGAAAUAUAUUACUAAAACUUAUAAUAGUUUUUUUUUUCCAACUUUUAUUGUCUGAAAGUCAGAGUAGUUAGCUCAGAUCAGAAAUUUAAUAUUAAACUCAUCUAUAAAAUUAUACUAUAAAGUAAGCUUUGAAAUAAUUGGAACAUAGUUAAUAAUGUGCAUACAUGGCUGACUCCAUGAGUGGGUAAGGCAAAGGAAUUCUGUGUUCUCAUUGGCUACCAGAGACACUCAGCAUUAUGCGCUCUGAUCCUGAAAAUACAGAAACAGUUUGUGCUGUCAUGCCUUGGUUAGACCCUAAAUUAUUUACAUCUUUCCAUUCCUGUGGCAGAGUUUUCUGUGUUUUGUUUUUGUUCUACAAGGCAUCUUUUGAUGGUACUGUAAUUUCUUUACUAUGAAACUCUUCGCCAGGUAAAGAAAGUUUGCAUCUUGCAGGGGUUUCAUUAAUGUUUUCUGCAGGAGGGCAACUGGUUUUCACAGGCAGGCAAAACUCUUUGAACUGAAC